AUGCCGCCAUCGCAGUUGGCAAUCGCGACUUCGGUCGUCAACCGUUUGGUGAAGGAGGAGAAGAGCUACCACAAAGAGCACGAGCAGCAGCAAGCCCGCAUUACCAAGAUGGAGCAGAGCAACAGCACCGAGGAGAAUGCGGAGUAUGAGUUGCGACAAGAGCGCAAAGCUCUGGAGGAGACCAACGCCAUGUUCCCCGAGCUGAAGAAGAAGAUUCGCGAUGCGCUUGCACGGCUGGAGCAGCAGUUAGAACAAGACAAAGGCCCAGGAGAUCAAAGCACUCCCGAGGACAUCACCAAGGCGAAAGACGCCGUGGCUUCUGCCUUGACAGCGAUACGGGAGAGCUCAUGA